CCGUUAGUAAAUGUAGCUGCGAAUCAAACAUACAUGUAUGUACAUUUUAAAUAGUUAGCUGUUUGUUGCUGAAGUUGAACCUCAACCUACUGGCUAGCUAGCUACCUAGAGUGUUAGCUAAAUCCCUCUUGAAUGCGAAAUGGUAGUCAAGGGCUGAGACCUGUUCAGUAUGCAAAGCCCUCUGUCACUCAAACUUAUUCCAGCAUCUGUCAGCUGGAAAUACUAUAUUUGCCAAUGGGUGUGUACAGUGUAGGCUACCAUCUGAAGCAUAGGUUACUGUAGCCUAGUACUGACAACGUUACUAGUUUAAUUCAUAAAUUACACGUGCACACAUUCGACACACCCUUCCACACUCAUCACAUACGCUGCUACUGUUUAUUGUCUAUCCUGUUACUGUUUAUUGUCUAUCCUGUAACGUUACCUCAAUUUCCUCGUACACCUGCACAUUGACUUGGUAACUUACUGGUAUCCCAUGUAUAUAGCCAAGCUAUCAUUGCUCAUUGUGUAUUUGUUCCUCGUGUUACUAUACGUGUUUUUUCUGUAUUAUUGUAUAUUGCGCUGUUGAAGGGCCCGUAAUUAAGCAUUUCACUGUUAGUAUACACCUGUUUACGAAACAUGUUACAAUUAUAUUGGAUGUUUAGAAAAUUUACUUUUUCAAUGCUAGUAAAGGGUACUAUAGUUAUCACGUUUCACAUUGGAUUUACUAACUACAAAACGGUAAGACGUGUUUGUUAUUCUAGUGCUGCUCUGCACACACAAGUUUAACGUUUGGCAAGGUCCAACAUUAAACCAACUCGGGAGUUCAAAGUUCCUCCAUAAAAGCCGUAGGUAUAAUUAUGUAACGUUAGACAUGUCAUAAGACGCCUAGCACUUCAUGACAAGCUUCCUCCAUCUCCGUGUUUGUCUUUCAUAAUGAUUAAACAAUGCUGUUCCGGGAGGAAAAAUAUACAAUUGGCUCUUAACAGUGGUAAAAAUACUUUCAAAUACUAAAGUAUUUUGGGCGGAUAUAUGUACUUUACUAUUUAUAUUUGACUACUUUUAUUUCUACAUUCCUGAAGAAAAUGAUGUACUUUUCACUCCAUACAUUUUCCCUGACACCCAAUAGUACUCGUUACAUUUUGAAUGCUUAGCAGGAUAGAAAAUGGUCCAAUUUGCACACUUAUCGAGAACAUCCCUUGUCAUUCGCUUGUCACACUACUGCCUUUGAUCUGGCGGACUCACUAAACACAAAUUCAUUGUUUUUACAUUACAACCCUUACAUACAAUACAUGUCACCAGUGGUGAUUUUAGCAUGUAAAUCUUGGUGGAGCAAAAAAUACAUUUUAGAUUCAUGCCAGCAGUGGUGACCCGUCGUUCAAGGCAGGUGGGGCUCUGCUAUGUUUUUUCCCAAAUGCAGUAAAAGAGGCUGAAUGAACUAGUUCACUGCUAGACAAGGCUUCGCUGAUAGCCGGGUGUGUAUUUGUGAAUUUUUAUUAGGAUCCUCAUUAGCUAAUUACUUUACAAACGUUUAACAAAUAGACAAUCUAUUUCCUGUCCAGUCAUAUUGUUUCUCGCAUUAGAACUUAAUUUUUUCUUUCUUGAAGGUGGGCUUUACUUUCUGCCUGAGAAAUAUGGAUUGGUAAAGAGCAACAUUCAGCUAUGGCUCUAUAUAAAACUAUAAAGGAGAUUUGUCCUUGGGUUGUCUUAGAUCGGGUAUUCCCAAACGUGCAAUGCCUGUCGUGGGUAUGCCAAAUAAAAAUGACAUUCACUUUCUUUUUUACUUCACAUUUUCAAACGGUCCAUUUAUAUUGUUCAACGGGGCUAUACAUUUGAGUGAUGAUUUUUUUCUUACCUGUGUAUCAAUGUUUCACUGCCAGAAAUUAAAUUAAACCUUCUAGAGUUCAGCGAAAUAACAACACAAUGUCAAUUACAGGUAGUCUAAUCAAAUAAUUAACAUUCAAUCUAAUUAACCGUUACUCUCUCACGGGAAUUCUACUUACUGUCCAUAUGUAGCCAAAUGUAGCUGCUGCUCAUGUUGGUAUCUCUACUGAUGGUGCAAAAGCCAUAACAGGGAGACAUAGUAGAGUGGUAACAUGCGUGCAAGCAGUUGCUCCCGACGCCACUUGUGUACACUGCAGCAUCCACCGAGAGGCUCUUUCUGCCAAGGGAAUGUCUGACAGCUUGAAAGACGUUUUGGACACUACAGUGAAAAUGGGUAACUUUGUUAAAGCAAGGCCUCUGAACUCGUGUAUUUUCUGCACUAUGCAAUGAUAUGGACAGCGACCAUAUAACGCUUUUACAACAUACAGAAGUGCGCUGGUCAUCAAGGGUAUUGACUGACCAUUGACUGACCAUUUUCACUUGUCUGACCGCUUGCAUGAUAAUGAGUUUCUCAUAAGACUGGCCUAUCUGGGUGAUGUUUUUUCUCGCCUGAACGAUCUGAAUCUAGGAUUACAGGGACUCCAACUAUUUUCAAGAAGAAGCACCUGAGUGAGUUGGGUGCGCAAUUACGCAGGUACUUUCCCGAAACGAAUUACACAAACAACCGGAUUCGUUAUCCCUUUCAUGCCCUGCCUCCAGUCCACUUACCGAUAUCUGAACAAGAGAGCCUCAUCGAAAUUGCAACAAGCUGUUCUGUGAAAAUUUAAUUUAACCGAAGGCACUGCCAGAUUUCUGGAUUGGGCUGCGCUCAGAGUAUCCUGCCUUGGAAAAUCGGCUGUUAAGACACUGAUACCCCUUGCAACCACAACCUAUGUGAGAGUGGAUUCUCAGCCCUCACUAGCAUGACAACUAAAGACAGGCACAGACUGUGUAUGGAAAAUGAUUUAAGACUGACUCUCCAGUUAUGUGCAUCCUUUCAACCACACCCUUCUCAUUAACCUGUGGUUACAAUGGCAAAAAAUAAACAUUUGAGUGCGCUGACCCUGGUGCAGGAGGAGGUCACAAUUGGACGUGGCUUAAAUGUCACUCACCAGCUCGUGUCCCCAAGCUGCCCCCUAAUGAUAUCCAGAAUGCACUGUAUGUUCAAGCAACGAGACGGAGGCCAAUGGACGGUGACCGAUAAGAAGAGCCUUAAUGGUGUGUGGGUGAAUGGAGAACGAAUUCCUGUGGACAAAGCUCACCCGCUGAGGCUUGGGGACUCGAUAAAGUUGGGGGUGCCCAUCGUCGGCACCAAAGUGGAGUAUGAGUACAUACUUGUUCGGCAGCGCCUCGAGGACAUCAAACCCUAUCUAGUGACGGGACCUAGUGAAGGGGCAUGCGCCACAUCCAGAAUCAAGAAGACGAAGAGGAAAUUUAACUCUGAACUGGAGCCUUCAACCUCAUCUAAAUCCAAGCUCUACCGCCACUCUGCCACAGAAAAGUCCCAGGGCCAGCCCUGCCCCACAGACGAGCCCCGGGACAGGCCAGGGACCAGGGUACGGGAGGAGGCCGGGCCCAGCGUGCGGCAGCAUUGGAUGCUGGACUCGCCUAUAGAGAGACCCAGCAGUCCUAGCAGGAAUCUGUCCAGCCUGCAAAUGUACAGCCAGAACAUGCUGGUGCUGUUGGAGCGGAUGAACUUCACCCAGCGGCGGGUGGAGGCCCUGGAGGGUGAGGGGCGGCGACAGAGGGACGACCCUCACCGGGAGGAGCAGGUGAGGGAGCUGCAGAGCCAGCUGGAGAUGCUGAGGGGCCAGCUGCACAGGAUGGAGUUGUUGGAGAGGUCCAUCAGCGAGACUGAGAACCGCCUGGAGGUGCAAAAAACACAGCAUGAAGAGGAGGGUUUGACAAAACAGUUGGAGGAGAAGGGUUUGAAAAAGCAGCUGGAGGAGGCAUUGCAAGAGCAAAGAAAAGUCAUAGAGGAACUUGCACUCUCUCGACAAGGCUUCGAGGACGUCCUCAAGGCCAAAGACAAAGAGCUGGAGGUGACAAAGGAAGAGAAGGAGAGGGCGAGAACUCAAAAGGAGGAAGUGGUAACACAAAUGACGGAGGUGCUGGAGAACGAACUUCAAUGCAUCAUUUGUUCUGAGCUCUUCAUUAGGGCAGUGACCCUUAACUGCGCCCACAGCUUCUGCCUGCACUGCAUCAGUGAGUGGCGCAAGCGGAAGGACGAGUGCCCCAUCUGCCGGCAGGCCAUCCUGUCUCAGACCCGCUCGCUGGUGCUGGACAACUGCAUCGAUCGCAUGGUGGAGCAGCUCAGCCCAGACAUGAAGCAGAGACGACUGGUGCUCAUCACUGAGAGGAAAGCCCAGCCAGAGGAGGUGAUGGUGAUCGACGACAGUAGUAGUAGUAGCAGCAGUAGUAGUAGCAGCAGCAGCAGCAGCAGUAACAGUGACCUCUUCAUGGAUAGCUUCAGCUCCGUCAUCUCCCUGGAAGGGAGCGUCAUUUGGAGCUCCAGCCCUGCAUCUUAUAUCAGUGAUGAUUCAGAUGUGGACAAUGUUGAUCUUUAGCCAAUUUGACGUUGGGUGUUUCACGUAACUUUUUUUCUUUUUUCUGUUACACGCAUUGUCCUGUAAGGUUGUCAGACGGCCGUGGGGAGUGCAGAGGAAAAAGCCAGUCCUUGACAGGAAACUAAGGCACUCAAUAUUGUACAAUUAAAUUACGUUAGUGUUCAUAUAUUUGGUAACAGUGUCUUUUUCUUUUUGUGUUCAUUUAUUUUCCCAUUGAAACAGAAUAAAGUUUCUUCAUUAA